AUGCACACAUACAGCAACUGCAUAAUUAAUUUAUUUAUUAAUUAAACAUGGAUUAGUUAGCAUUAUUAUGAAGCGUGGUGUCGUGUGGCAAUUCCGUAGUUCUACUUCUAUGGUUUAGUACUUUAGCGCUAGCGAUUACGAUUAUUUUGGGGCUUUCUCUCUCUGUCUUUUCCUCUAUCGAUCUUCACGGCUCGGUUUCUUUUCGAUCUCUCCCCCACAAAAUUAGGGUUUACACCUUCACCUACACCUAGAUUUCUCUGUACAGAUCCGGCCACCUUCUGCUUCCUCCCACAUGUUCUGGAAGCUCGCUUCUCUCUCUGCUUCCUCCCCUGUGGAGGCAAUAUUAGACAAGGAGAAUUUCACUUUGGAAGAGCUGCUGGAUGAAGAGGAAGUGAUCCAAGAAUGCAAGGCCUUAAACAGUCGUCUAAUCAACUUUUUGAGAGAUCAGGCUCAGGUUGAGCAAUUGUUACGAUACAUCAUUGAAGAACCACCGGAAGAUGCUGAAAAUAAACGGGCAUUCAAGUUUCCAUUCAUUGCCUGCGAGAUUUUUACUUGUGAAAUCGAUGUCAUUUUGAAGACCUUGGUGGAUGAAGAAGAGCUGAUGAACUUAUUAUUCUCCUUUUUGGAGCCUAAUCGUUCACAUAGUACCUUACUGGCUGGCUACUUUAGCAAGGUUGUUGUUUGCCUAAUGAUUCGAAAGACAGUGCAGCUUAUGAGUUAUGUUCAAGCCCAUCAGAAUGUUUUUUGCCAACUGGUUGAUUUGAUAGGAAUUACAUCCAUUAUGGAGGUUUUGGUUCGAUUAGUAGGUGCUGAUGACCACGUGUAUCCCAAUUUUAUAGAUGUGAUGCAAUGGUUGGCUGAGAGCAAUCUGCUUGAGAUGAUUGUUGAUAAAUUGAAUCCAUCGAGUCCUCCUGAAGUUCAUGCCAAUGCAGCUGAAACAUUAUGUACAAUAACUCGAAAUCCCUCCUCUACUUUAGCAAUUAAACUUUCAAGCCCAAGUUUUGUUGCAAAAAUUUUGGAUCAUGCUUUGGAAGAUUCCCAAUCAAAUUCUAGCCUUGUAAAUUCACUUUCAGUGUGUAUUUCUUUGUUGGAUCCCAAAAGAUCUGCUAUAUCAUCUCCCCUUUUUCAUUCAUUCCGAAGUCAACACAUGUAUGAGCCACCAAUUCCUGUAAACCCAGAGACUAUUGGUGCGAUGCUCCCUAAACUUAGUGAAUUGCUUAUGCUUUUAAAUGUAUCAUCCGAUGAAAAAGUAUUGCCUACAACAUAUGGAGAAUUGAGACCUCCACUUGGGAAGCAUCGAUUAAAGAUUGUCGAGUUCAUUGCAGUCAUUCUAAAAACUGGAAAUGAAGUGGCAGAAAAAGAAAUGGUCAAUACAGGAACCGUUCAACGAGUCAUUGACCUUUUCUUCGAGUAUCCAUAUAACAACUCAUUACACCAUCAUGUAGAAAGUAUCAUAGUAUCAUGUUUGGAGAGCAAAACUGAUGCCAUUGUCGAUCAUCUUCUUCGAGACUGUGAUUUAAUUGGGAGAAUUCUUCAAGCAGACAAACGUUCUAUUCUCUCUGCUGACAGAAAUCUGCCAACUGUACCUGCUGCAGGAAAACAGGCACCAAGAGCAGGAUACAUUGGGCAUAUUACUCGAAUUGUUAACAAACUUGUUCACUUGGCACAUAAUCGUAGCCACAUACUGACAUGUCUUCAGGAAAAUAGUGAGUGGAAUGAAUGGCAAACUACAGUUCUGCAGGAGCGUAACAUGGUUGAGAAUGUUCACCGCUGGGCUUGCGGACGACCAACUGCUUUACAUGAUAGGAUGAGGGAUAGUGAUGAUGAUGACCUCCAUGACAGGGACUAUGAUGUUACAGCUUUAGCAAAUAAUUUGAGCCAAGCUUUUAGAUAUAAAAUUUAUGGGAAUGAGGAUAACGAAGAGGAACGUGGCAACCAUGAUCGAGAUGAUGAGGAUGUCUAUUUUGAUGACGACUCUGCUCAAGUAGUCAUAUCAUCCCUCAGACUCAGUGAUGACCAAGGGAGUCUGUUUACAAACUCCAACUGGUUUGCAUUCCAAGACGACAGAAUUGGUGAUGCGGCUGGAGGCACAACUUCAUCAGAGAUGAUGGAUGAGAUAAACUUGAAUGGUGCUACAAAUGGUGGUAAUAGUAGUGAUGAUGAGGUAGUCGUUGGAGAGGAUGAAGAAUUAGAUGAAAGCAAAAACAAUCUGAAUGGUACAUCAAGCUCAAGCACAAACUUCUUCAGUGGAUUAACUGGCAGCGAUUCCAUGAAUGGAGGCACUUUGAACUUUGAGGGGGAAAAGGCAAGCGCAUCACAUGAUAUGGGCUUCUUCAGGUUUGAGGCAUCGGACAAUGAGGAGUUGUUUGGUGAUAGGCCUUUGCCUGAUUGGGUGGGAUGGGGCGAACCAUCAGAUAUACAAGAUGCCGGCUCAAGCAUGAAUCCAUUUAUAGAUCAUGAUGAUUCUGGUAGCAACCUUUCUACUAAAUCUCAAAUAGGUAGCCCUGAUCCCAGUUCUCCUUCAAAUGGGGAAUCUGUUACAUCAAAUGGGUCACCUAUAGAUUCAGUUGAGGGGGGUGUUGACUCCAGUCAAAAAUCAGUAGCAGUACCUUCGCUCUUCGAAGAGGAUGUGGAAUUUGUAGGGGUAGAAUUAGAAGGUACCGAGAAGGCUAUGGAACAGGCUCUGAAAGAAGGGAUAGUUGGGGAAGCAGGGCCGUUGAAAAGAAACAUGGUUUCUAAAGUGCCGGAAAAGGAAAAUUCCGAGGAGGGUGGUCCUGGAAUGAAGGAAUUCAAUGAUGCAAAUUACUGGAGGGUUGACCAGGAGGUUGCUGUUCUCGAGUGAUGGACAUAAUAGUAAAUCUUGUUUCUGUUUGUAUGAAAAGUUAGACCAUCACCAUGGACCCUAUUCUUGGUUCGCAGGGGCGUAUGCAGCAAAUUAAUGUACUGUAUUUUUGUUUCAAUUGUCCUAUUUCUGUUGCUCACGCUUAUUAGAUAUUAAGCUUGUUUAUUAUUUCAAGUUUUGCCUCUUCCUGUAAGUGAUUUAUGGUGUUUCCCACAUUUAUCGAAUCUAUUCUGCUCUUCAUAAUGGGUUCAACAUUGACGAUGCCAAUGCCAUCGGGUAUGCGGCUGUCGGUAAAUGUUCGCUAGAUGGCUUAUUUCUGAAUUCAUUUUGAGGAUGCUGGGUAUCGGCCAGCAAACUUUGGUCAAGUGAAAAUUCACCAAAAAAAGUUUAUCUGCAUCCCUUUCGUUCUGAAAGCGAUUUAUAUUUU